CAUUGUUGAAGCAGGGGAAAGCGUGGUGUGAACAGCGUGUACAGAUUUUUUGACAGCGGGCUUUGAGAUUUAGUGUUGCUUAGUGUUGCUUAUGCAUAUACAACCAGGGCCUUUAACAUAAGGGUUUUUGAACAACUUCAACGUCAUAGGGGACACAGUUAGAUAUAGACACACUAGUCUUAUGGUACAUCAUUUGACCAUACUGCGCGCUAGAAAAGCUACCAGUUCAUCUUACUGAAAAGAUGCACACAAAGGAAAUGGGAUCGAUUUGAAAAUAUUAACGUAAACUGGAACUGUCUAAAUGGUCGAGUGAGAUAAUUUAUCUCUAAAUAGUCUGCAACACCGCCAAUAUCUCAAGCGCUGAUGUAACUUUAAGCCAGUGGAGGUGUCUUUGUUAAAACCGAAACAUCUCAGAGUAUACACGCGAUUCUGGAUUUGUCAGCAUAUUAUUAAUACCAUUUUAUCUGAUUUUGGCAUUUUGCAUUGUUAUAUUGAGUGUUUUUUCGCUUAUGACUGCGUGUGAAUAGCUGCCAUUAUGGCGAUAAUCGUGAGAUGUAUGCACAGAGGCAUAUCCUGAAAUUAAAAGAAGGCAGCUAGCAAAGUAGCUUGAACCGUUUGCAGUGCUAACGUUUAGCCAAGUGUUCCUUAGCAAAGCUAUUCAGCUAGCAAAUGUGGCCACCCUGCUGUUUGUUGUUUUUGAAGAGAGCAGUUUCUUACUUAUGUUUCAGUUCUUUCUUCCAGUGUCAAUGUUUUAUUGUAUUGAUUUGGAAGUAGUCGACUGCCUUAGAAGCUGUCCCUUGUGUCGAUAAACAAUUACGAUAACGUUAGUUUUUUGGAGUAGCGUUGAGUUAGCAUUUGGCUAACAGGCUAAUUGGUUAGCUGCAGUCAAGCUAACUCUGUACGGUUGUAGUUACAAAGUAACGACAGCCGCAGCUGAGUUUAAGUGACAGUGAGGGGACGGAAAUCGGUUAUUUUUCAUCGUAACUAACAAUGGCAACCGCAACAGGCGAGGCCCAGUUUCUGCUAAAGGAUGUGAAGCCUGGGUCGAAAAAUUUGAACAUCGUAUUCAUCGUGUUGGAAAUAGGACGAGUGACCAAAACGAAAGAUGGUCAUGAGGUGCGCUCGUGCAAAGUGGCAGACAAGAGCGGAAGCAUUGCAAUCUCUGUUUGGGACGAACUCGGCAGCCUUAUUCAGCCAGGGGACAUCAUAAAGUUGACCAGAGGCUAUGCAUCCAUAUGGAAAGGCUGCCUGACCCUAUACACUGGAAGAGGAGGGGAUCUACAGAAGAUUGGAGAGUUCUGCAUGGUGUAUUCAGAAGUGCCCAACUUCAGUGAACCAAACCCAGAGCUGCUAAGCCAAACAAACCAGCAAAACAAGUCUGGUAAACCAGACCAGAAUCAGAGGGGAAACUCUCCGCCCAAUCAGAAUUCAGGUACACCUGCCCCACCAGGAAAUGGAUCCAUGACGUCAUUUGCCAACAACAACAACCCAUCCCCUGGUGCAGCCCGUGACCCUGCGUUCGGCAGUAUGGGGCGACCCAACGGUCGGUCACCUGGCAAUGGAGCGCCUCCAGCUACUGCUGCAGGACCCCCUACAAAGUCUUCAGUUACCAUUAGCAAUGGCAGGGACCCACGGCGUGCAAAAAGAUGAAAUUGGGAUCGGGGGGAUCAUGUGGGAAAACCUAUGGACAUCCCCAUUUCCCCCUGCUUUUGUAUUUUUAAUUUUCUUUUUAUAAACAUUUCUGCCCCUUCCCGUCACAGCCUAUGUUGGCUUUCAAAAUAAUAUUUUUUUAUAUACAGGCAAACAAAUUCAAAUGUGUCAUUUUUCAUGCGUAUCGUGCAAGUAGCGCUCUCGGUAAGCAACACAGUGUGAUUGAUCUACUACUUGAUGCACGAAGCAGGACUGCUUUAUGUAGUCGAGCCUUGGUGGGGGAGUUGUUUUCAGUCUACACCCAUCUUCUAAACCUCACUGCAAAUUGCCAGUUCUAUGCCAAUGUUCCCCCCAAUAACUGUCCUAACGCCCUUUCCCUGUUAUGUUCUUUCAAACUAUACACCCAACUUGAACACUUGAUGCACUUUCUUCUCCUAAUUUAUGUCGGGGCAAACUUGGCUGUCAUUUAAAUCAGGAAAUCCCGUUUCUGCUUUUUAGUGGAAAAGGCCUUAAGUUGGUGAAAAUGAGUUCUUGGACUGAAUGCACGAGAGAAAUUCUUCAAAAGGGUCGUGUCCCUUGUAACCAAACUGUAUCUGAAGUGACUCUGAGAGGAAAGGUGUUUAGUUUAGAAUUUUUAAUGCUAGUUAGGUAGGUUGAUAUUGAACUGUUUUUUCAUAAGAUAAUUAUUAUUCUUUUCAUCAAUUGUACCUCGAUCAAGGUGGGACCACUUAAAUACUGGCAAAAUGGUUCAGAAUAAAUGUUACUAUAAUUCUGCUGCCACAUGUACUCUGUCAAUUAAAUGUAUGUCAAGUUGGUGAUACUGCCCUUAAGUAGGUUUACAACUUGUUAGUAAUAUGACUAUAACAAACACAGUGACUGUUUAUGUGCAAGGACCUUGAGGGAAAAGUUUAUAUUUCAAAGCAUUUUUUAGGCUUUGUUUAAACCAAUUCUGGAUAUUUAGUUUUAACAGUCACAAGACAGUAUAAAGCACUACAGACCUGACACUGACGUCUUCAGAGUGCUAUGCCAUCACUAACACAUUUUAAAAUAAGUUUCCCAUCAAGUUUCAUGUGAUGUUUUGACUACGGCACCAUCUAGUGCCUGCAAAAAUAAACUACAUGUGUUGGUAUAGAAGAUGUAUGCGCUA